UGGUCAACGACGAACGAAGCCGAACGAGCGGAACGCGCCGCCACAAAGGUGUUUUGCAAUCGAAGUCUGAACAUGAAACGAAUCAACGCGAUUGGAUUCGACAUGGACUACACGUUGGCCAUGUACAAGCCGGAGACGUUCGAGAUGAUGUCGUAUUCAGAGACUAAAAAAAAGCUGGUCGAGUCGUACAACUACCCGCGCGCGUUGCUCGAGUCGUUCGAGUUCGAUCCGGAUUACAUGGUGCGCGGGUUGGUGGUGGAUAAGAAGAGAGGGAACGUUUUAAAGAUGGAUCGACACAACUAUGUCAAGGUGGCGUAUCACGGAUUCACGGCUUUAGACACCGAUGAACGGUUGGCGACGUAUUGCGAGACGAGCAAGCGUCAAAGUUUUGACGGUCCCGAAUUUAGCGCUUUAGACACAUUAUUUUCCAUGGGCGAGGCCUACCUGUUCAGCCAGCUCGUGGAGGCGAAAGAUUCGGGCAAGCAUGGCGAGUUUUUUGAGAGAAAGACAUUCAUGCAAAUGUACGACGAGAUACGAGCGGCGGUUGACUUGUGUCACAGAGACGGCUCGUUGAAGCACGCCGUGGCGGAAAAUCCGAGCAAGUACAUCACGAAGGACGCAGACUUGGUUCCUUUGCUAAAGGCUUUGCGAGCGAGCGGGAAACAAGUGUUUUUGCUUACGAACUCUCUGUGGGAUUACACAAACGUCGUCAUGAAUUAUCUCAUCGACGACAACGUUGGCGACCAAAAAAAACUCGAAUGGCUCAACUUGUUUGACGUCGUUGUGACUGGCUCGGCGAAACCGGGCUUCUUCGCUAACGAUUCGGCGACGAUAUUCGAAGUCGACACCGCGACUGGGCUUUUGCACAACACCGACAACGGCGCACCAUUGACUCCAAUCGGCAGCGUGUCGGAUUCGACGCACAAACGAGCGCUCGCGAGUGGGUUGCGCGCCACGGGCAAAGGUCCGGCGAGGGUGUACCAAGGCGGUUCGUACACGCACCUUCACGCCAUGCUCGGCAUUGAGAUUGGCUCGAGAUUGCUUUACGUCGGCGACCACAUUUAUGGCGAUAUUUUGCGAGCGAAGAAAGAGAUUGAUUGGCGCACGAUGCUCGUCGUCCCCGAACUCGCGCACGAAAUCGACUGCCUGGAACGCAUGAAGGAAAAACCGCACGCGCUCAGGCGUUUGCGCACGCUGCGCGAUUCUUUGGACGAUCAAGUCGCGCGUCACGCCUGGCUCGCGGCGAACGCCGCCGACCCGAAAGCAAACGAAGAGGAGUUAGAACGCGCGAGACAACUGUCGGCGACGGCGCGCACCGCGCAUCGCGAGGGUAUGCGCGAGUAUCACAAGUCGUUUCACUAUGUCUGGGGUCAACUCAUGAAGGCUGGGUCGCAGAACUCUCGUUUCGCGUUUCAAGUUGAGCGGUACGCGUGCCUGUACACGUCGCACGUGAGGAAUCUGUGGGGCUACUCGCCCGAGAAGGUUUUCCGCGCCCCCGCUGACUUUUCGCCGCACGACUUGGAC